CUCUCCCAAUUACACACACCAUCUUUUCUUCUUUCUUAUACAGAUUUUCCCUCUGAAAACCUCCCCAAAAAUCCCAAAAACCUGAAACCUAGGGUUUGUUUUUUGGGUGUGGAAACAGAGGAUCGGUUUCUUUUUGAUGAUUUUUAUUCUUUUUGAGUGAUUGGAGGGAGGGCGAAAAAACAUGGCUGUGAUCUCCGUGCAUGGUGAGGUUCGUCAACACCAACCGCAGGGAGUGAUGAUGGCCGGGAGUUCUCGAGCUUUAUACGCUACGGAUCGUGAUGAUUCCUUUUCGCUCAAGCCUGAAUCUUCUUCCCGCAAUCUCGCCACUUUCAAGGGCUCUGAUUCCAUUGAAGUCGAUGAAGAUACGCAUUUGGCUCUGGCUCAUCACAUGUACAAGGCUGGAAACUACAAGGAGGCGCUGGAACACAGCAAUUCGGUUUACGAGAGAAACCCAACUCGGGCUGAUAAUUUGCUUCUUUUGGGUGCAAUUUACUAUCAGCUGCAUGAUUUUGAUAUGUGCAUCGCUAAGAAUGAAGAGGCCGUUCGAGUUCAGCCACAUUUUUCCGAGUGUUAUGGUAACAUGGCUAAUGCCUGGAAGGAAAAAGGCAAUAUCGACCUUGCAAUUCAUUACUAUUUGAUUGCUAUUGAGCUUCGACCCAAUUUCUGCGAUGCAUGGUCAAACCUAUGUAGUGCCUACAUGCGAAAAGGAAAACUUAAUGAAGCAGCACAGUGUUGUCGUCAGGCACUUGCUCUGAAUCCUCUUCUGGUUGAUGCCCACAGCAACCUUGGGAAUCUAAUGAAAGCUCAGGGAUUUGUGGAAGAAGCAUACAGUUGCUACCUCGAUGCUUUACGUAUUCAACCAACAUUUGCUAUUGCAUGGUCAAAUCUUGCGGGUAUAUUUAUGGAGUCGGGUGAUCUUAACAGAGCCCUUCAGUACUAUAAGGAGGCUGUAAAGCUCAAACCAUCAUUUCCAGACGCGUAUUUGAACCUUGGGAAUGUUUAUAAGGCUCUCGGAAUGCCCCAAGAGGCAAUUGUGUGUUAUCAGCGGGCUCUGCAGGCAAGACCAAAAUAUGCAAUGGCUUUUGGUAACUUAGCUAGUACAUAUUACGAUCAAGGCCAAUUGGAAUUGGCCAUCCUUCACUACAAACAAGCCAUUUCUUCUGAUCCAAGAUUUUUGGAAGCUUACAACAAUCUGGGUAAUGCUCUAAAAGAUGUUGGCAGGGCGGAUGAAGCAAUUCAAUGCUACAAUCAAUGCCUUACAUUACAACCUAAUCAUCCACAAGCGCUUACAAAUCUUGGGAAUAUAUAUAUGGAAUGGAACAUGGUGCCAACUGCAGCUUCAUAUUAUAAGGCCACAUUGAGUGUGACAACUGGAUUAUCUGCUCCUUUUAGUAAUCUCGCAAUUAUUUAUAAGCAACAGGGAAGUUAUGCCGAUGCAAUAUCUUGCUACAAUGAGGUGCUUCGCAUUGAUCCCUUGGCUGCUGAUGGUCUUGUCAAUAGGGGCAACACUUACAAGGAGAUUGGCAGGGUGAAUGAAGCAAUUCAAGACUAUUUACGUGCAAUAGCUACCAGGCCAACCAUGGCUGAAGCUCAUGCAAAUCUGGCUUCAGCUUAUAAAGACAGUGGGCUUGUGGAAGCAGCUGUUAAGAGCUACAGACAGGCUUUGGUUCUUCGACCUGACUUUCCUGAAGCAACUUGUAACCUGCUCCAUACAUUACAGUGUGUGUGCAGUUGGGAGGGUCGUGAUAAACUUUUCACUGAAGUUGAAGCAAUAAUCAGGAGACAGAUUGAUAUGUCACUUCUUCCUAGCGUUCAGCCAUUCCAUGCAAUAGCAUAUCCCAUUGACCCAAUGCUGGCUCUUGAGAUUAGCUGCAAGUAUGCUGCACAGUGCUCCAUAGUUGCUUCCCGAUUUGCACUUCCUACCUUCAACCAUCCUACCCCAAUUCCUGUGAAACAUGACGGUGGAAAUAGCAGACUUAGAGUGGGCUAUGUCAGCAGUGACUUUGGUAAUCAUCCUUUGUCACACCUCAUGGGGUCUGUUUUUGGCAUGCAUGACAGACAAAAUGUGGAGGUGUUUUGCUAUGCCUUGAGCCAAAAUGAUGGUACUGAAUGGAGACAGCGUAUCUCGUCUGAAGCUGAGCAUUUUCUAGAUGUUUCUUCUAUGUCAUCAGAUAUGAUUGCUAAGAUGAUUAAUGAGGAUAAGAUUCAGAUCUUAAUUAAUCUUAAUGGUUAUACGAAGGGAGCACGAAAUGAAAUUUUUGCCAUGCAGCCUGCACCUAUUCAGGUUUCAUAUAUGGGUUUUCCAGGGACAACAGGUGCUAGUUACAUCCAUUACUUGGUAACUGAUGAGUUUGUCUCGCCUUUACAUUUGUCUCAUAUUUAUUCCGAGAAGCUUGUACAUCUUCCGCAUUGCUACUUUGUGAAUGACUAUCAGCAGAAAAAUCAAGAUGUAUUGGAGCCAAACUGUCCACACAAGCGAUCUGAUUAUGGUCUGCCCGAGGAUAAAUUCAUUUUUGCAUGCUUCAAUCAGUUAUAUAAGAUGGACCCUGAAAUAUUCAAUACAUGGUGCAAUAUUCUCAAACGUGUACCCAACAGUGCACUAUGGCUCCUCAGAUUUCCAGCUGCUGGCGAAAUGAGACUCCGUGCAUAUGCAGUUGCUCAGGGAGUGCAGCCAGACCAGAUUAUUUUCACUGAUGUAGCUAUGAAAAAGGAACAUAUUAGGCGCAGCUCUUUAGCAGAUUUAUUCCUUGACACGCCUUUAUGCAAUGCACAUACAACUGGCACAGAUAUUCUAUGGGCUGGUUUACCAAUGGUGACCCUGCCUCUUGAGAAAAUGGCUACAAGAGUUGCAGGAUCACUUUGUCUUGCCACAGGACUUGGGGAGGAGAUGAUUGUAAACAGUAUGAAAGAGUAUGAGGAGAAGGCGGUUUCAUUGGCAUUGAAUCCCCCUAAGCUCCAAGCUCUUACCAACAAACUCAAGGCAUAUCGGUUGACUUGUCCACUAUUUGAUACAAAACGCUGGGUGAGAAAUUUAGAAAGAUCUUAUUUCAAAAUGUGGAAUCUGCAUUGCUCAGGCCAGCACCCUCAGCAUUUCAAGGUGGCUGAGAAUGAUUUGCAGUUCCCUUACGAUAGAUAAGGUUGAUAUACAGUUAGGAGAGGCGGCAUUGUAGAUAGAAAAAAACAAGAGGAAAUUAUUUACAAAAAAAAUUAUGUUGAAAAGCUUUGAAAAUUGAUAAGAUGAGUAAAAGAAAAAUUUGCUUUUGCGUGAUUCUUCUAGAUUAAUACUCGCUAUGUGUGUAAUUCUGGGGCCAGCUUCUUGGCCCUUAAUGCUUCUCUGUUUUUGUUCAUCUGUCACAUGCCUUGGUAAGAUUAUCUCGAGGACAACAUUGUCUUUUCAAGACAUGACAUGAUCAUUUUGUAGCCUUGUGCUAUAACUCAGGGCAUUCAUGGUCUCAAUGAAUGUCACCGUAGCUGUUCUCUGAUC